UUUAAUUUAAAUUAUUAUUUUUUUUUUGGUUUUAUUUAUAAAUCUUGAACCCACGACCCCCGGGAGGAAAGAUGGGCAGAGGAGAUGCACGUGACAAGUAUGAACCGGCGGCAACAUCUGAAAAUGCUGCUAAGCACAAGAAAGGAAAGAAAGACAAGAAGAGCAAAGAGAAGGACAUGGAUGAACUUAAGAAGGAAGUGUCAUUGGAUGAUCACAAACUCUCUCUGGAGGAGCUUCAACGUAAAUAUGAUACAGAUUUGAAUCAGGGUCUCAGCAACAUUCGUGCCAAGGAGAUUUUGGCACGUGAUGGCCCCAAUUCACUGACUCCUCCACCCACCACCCCAGAGUGGAUCAAGUUCUGUAGGCAGCUGUUUGGUGGCUUCUCAGUCCUGCUGUGGAUUGGUGCAAUUCUCUGCUUUUUGGCGUAUGGCAUCCAGGCCGCAACUGAGGACGAGCCAGCAAAUGACAACUUGUACCUGGGUGUUGUAUUGUCUACUGUAGUGAUAGUAACUGGUUGUUUCUCCUACUACCAAGAAGCUAAGAGCUCCAGAAUCAUGGAUUCCUUCAAGAACUUGGUGCCUCAGCAAGCUCUGGUCAUCCGAGAAGGUGAGAAGAGCAGCAUCAAUGCUGAAACUGUGGUGGCUGGAGACUUGGUAGAGGUGAAAGGGGGUGACCGUAUCCCUGCAGAUCUGCGAAUCAUCUCUGCUAGUAGUUGCAAGGUGGACAACUCCUCGUUGACAGGUGAAUCGGAGCCUCAGACCAGGUCACCAGAAUUUACAAAUGAUAAUCCCCUGGAAACCAGAAACAUUGCUUUCUUCUCCACCAACUGUGUUGAAGGUACCGCUCGAGGUAUUGUCAUUAAUACAGGAGACCGCACUGUCAUGGGCCGCAUUGCCACACUGGCAUCUGGGCUGGAAGGUGGAAGGACUCCAAUUGCCAUUGAGAUUGAACAUUUCAUCCAUAUCAUUACUGGAGUGGCAGUCUUCCUUGGUGUGUCCUUCUUCAUCCUCUCCAUCAUCCUAGGAUACACCUGGCUCGAAGCUGUCAUCUUCUUGAUUGGAAUCAUUGUUGCCAAUGUCCCCGAAGGGCUGCUUGCGACAGUCACAGUAUGUCUGACCCUGACUGCUAAACGUAUGGCUAAGAAGAACUGCUUGGUGAAGAAUUUGGAAGCUGUGGAGACCCUAGGAUCUACCUCUACCAUUUGUUCUGACAAGACUGGAACCCUGACCCAGAAUCGGAUGACUGUCGCUCACAUGUGGUUUGAUAACCAGAUCCACGAAGCCGACACAACUGAGAAUCAGUCAGGUGCUACUUUUGAUAAGACUUCUGUUACUUGGACUGCUCUGGCCCGUGUUGCUGGUCUGUGUAAUCGAGCAGUUUUCCAGGCUGGACAGGAUUCGGUGCCCAUCCUGAAGCGUGAAGUUGCUGGAGAUGCCUCUGAGUCUGCACUCCUGAAGUGUAUCGAACUAUCCUGUGGUUCGGUUAGGAGCAUGAGGGAACGCAACGUUAAGAUAGCAGAAAUUCCAUUCAACUCAACCAACAAGUAUCAGCUGUCUAUCCACAAGAAUGAAAAUUCCAGCGAAGGUUGCCACCUUCUUGUGAUGAAGGGGGCCCCUGAACGCAUCCUGGACCGUUGUUCCACCAUCCUGAUGAAUGGGAAAGAGCAGAAGUUGGACGAGGAGAUGAAGGAAGCAUUCCAGAAUGCGUACAUGGAACUGGGUGGCCUGGGAGAGCGAGUGCUAGGAUUCUGCCAUUUUCAACUGCCCGAUGAUAAAUUCCCGGAGAGUUUUCAGUUUGAUGCAGAAGAGGUCAAUUUCCCCACUGAAAACCUGUGCUUCGUUGGGCUCAUGGCCAUGAUUGACCCUCCCCGCGCUGCCGUACCUGACGCUGUCGGCAAGUGCAGGAGCGCUGGCAUCAAGGUAAUUAUGGUAACCGGUGACCAUCCAAUCACAGCUAAAGCCAUUGCCAAGGGAGUGGGCAUCAUUUCAGAAGGAAAUGAGACUGUGGAAGACAUUGCUGUUCGUCUGAACAUUCCUGUUAACCAAGUCAAUCCCAGGGAUGCCAAGGCUUGCGUCGUUCAUGGGACAGAUCUCAAAGAUAUGAGCUCAGAACAACUGGAUGAAAUCUUGAUACAUCACACUGAAAUCGUCUUUGCUCGAACUUCUCCACAACAGAAACUAAUUAUUGUAGAGGGAUGCCAACGACAGGGAGCCAUUGUUGCUGUGACUGGUGAUGGUGUGAAUGACUCUCCUGCUCUGAAGAAAGCUGAUAUUGGAGUUGCUAUGGGUAUUGCUGGCUCUGAUGUGUCUAAGCAGGCUGCCGAUAUGAUCCUACUGGAUGAUAACUUUGCUUCUAUUGUUACUGGUGUGGAAGAAGGUCGUCUGAUCUUUGAUAACCUGAAGAAAUCCAUCGCCUACACCUUAACCAGUAAUAUUCCUGAAAUCACACCCUUUUUGAUUUUCAUCAUUGCCAACAUCCCCCUGCCACUCGGAACAGUCACCAUCCUCUGUAUUGAUUUGGGCACUGACAUGCUCCCAGCUAUCUCCCUUGCCUAUGAACAAGCUGAAAGUGACAUUAUGAAGAGACAGCCACGUAACCCCAAAACAGAUAAGCUGGUAAAUGAGAGACUGAUCAGCAUGGCUUAUGGACAGAUUGGUAUGAUCCAGGCUCUGGGUGGCUUCUUCACAUACUUUGUGAUCUUGGCUGAGAACGGGUUUUUGCCAUGGGAUCUCCUGAAUAUCCGUGUAAAAUGGGAUAACCGGUGGUUAAAUGACGUAGAAGACAGUUAUGGACAACAGUGGACUUACGAACAGCGUAAAAUUGUUGAAUAUACAUGCCAUACCUCAUUCUUUGUCAGCAUCGUGGUGGUGCAGUGGGCUGAUUUAAUGAUCUGUAAAACCAGAAGAAACUCCAUUUUCCAACAGGGCAUGAAGAACCGUAUUCUCAUUUUUGGCUUGUUUGAAGAGACUGCCUUGGCCGCCUUCCUCUCCUAUUGCCCUGGGAUGGACGUCGCUCUCAGGAUGUACCCACUAAAACCCAACUGGUGGUUUUGUGCCUUCCCAUACAGUCUUCUCAUCUUUGUUUAUGAUGAAAUCAGAAAACUCAUCAUUCGUAGGAGUCCAGGAGGUUGGGUGGAGCAGGAAACAUACUAUUAGAAGAAAAGCAAAGGCUGAAGCAUUUCAUCAGCUUGUGUACGUUUGCCUUAACUUUUUAAAACUUUCAGUAAGUGCUGAUAAUGUCGAGGAGCGGGAAUCAAACUGUUUUGUAACAUGAGGAAACUGAAAAAGCCAAUGGUUUUAUACAAAACUUUUUACAAAAUGUAAUUUAAAUAAAACUGGUUCGUGUCAA